AAUUCCUUAAUCAGGAUAAUGAAAUACUCCCAGUGAGUAAUAUUUAAAAUAACAAAUGAAGUCAUGAACACAUUGGAUAUACGCGAGGAUUUAGAUGGGGUUGUGCUGAUAGGUGUGUCUGGCCAGAGGCAUAAAAUGUAGAGCAAGGGGGAAUUUGUCAUUGCCUUUGCUCAAUUAAUCGUUUGGGCCAGCAAUUUGGACAAAGUGACUCAGUGCUCGCGAGCAGGCAGAAGCGAGCCUUCGGAAAGCAAGGCUGCUCUGAGCGAGACAAAGAAAGCUGUCCCUUUCAGGAAAGAAGCCGCUGGCUCUCACUGGCACGGGUGGAAGAGUGGCACAAGCAGAGCAGACGCAGCACCCAUCGAGAGCCCCGAGGAAACAAAACCAUCUCUGGCUCCGGGCUUGCUCUGGCCACCUCGGGCCGGUUCUCACACCACAGCCUCCUCGUCGCCUACUCAGCCAGCAGAUUACCUGGCGAGAAAGCAGGCAAAGAGACAAAAGGCUGGGAGCAGGGAGGGGACGCACGGCUAUUCAUAGUGGCGGUCCCCACCCUGGGGUGCCAGGAGUCAGCCAGGGGAGCAGCUUAUCGGGUGUCCUUAUCGGGUGCCCGAGUGAGCAGCGCUCGGCGCGGGCCCAGGGCUCCAUCUCCACCCCGGCUCAGGGGUGAGUGCCCCGCUGACGUCAGGAGCCCUUACUUCAUUUCCUGGCACAGGGGCCCAAUUUUCACAGCCGUGUCCUGUGGGAGAGGAGAGGAGAGGCGGUGGAACUGGAAUAGGCGUGCUCAGCCCCACCUCCUCAGCCCUCCAGCUGUUAAAGCUCCCAAGGAGGGCGAGCGCGGAGCUGCUGCUCGGCCGGGCUUGCGGCAGCGGAGGCGCCCGGCUCCUGGUGUGCUGGAAAAGUGCCGCUCCUAGACGGAGCCUCCCCGCCGCCUUCAGCAGGCGGCACCCAGAAAGACUCCUCACGAAGAAACUCGGUGGUUACUUCUCACACGAUGAACAGCAUUGGCUCUGACAUGUCAGGCCUCCAGUCAGUGCAAGGCAGUAUCCUGGGAGGAGGCCGAGCUCUUUGAGACACUCCUUAUUGCUACGCUGCUGUGAAGAAGGAGGAAUAUGAGUUCGGGGCUAGUGGUUGGUGGCCUGUAUUUGCUGUUGAAUUUGGAGUGAGAAGGGCUGUGCUGGAGGCAUCCGGGUUAGUUAUCCGCAAGCUUUGGAGAGGUUGUUCAAGAAGGCGAGAAGAUGACAACGUCACCUCCCCCAGGCUGCGGCAGCAUCGGUGCUGACUACCACCUGCUCUGUGACACAGAGAAGGCCUGGGGGAUUGUCCUGGAGUCGCUGGCUGCAGCAGGCAUCCUCAUCACCAUUUUCCUCAUCUGCUCGCUCUUCUUCCUCAUCUGCAAAGUCCAAGACAACAGCAAGCGGCACAUGAUCUCCGUCUAUUUUUUCUUUCUUUUAGGCACACUCGGCGUUUUUGGUCUCACUUUUGCCUUCAUCAUUAAACUCAAUGACAAGACUCGUCCCACUCGCUUCUUCCUAUUUGGAGUCAUCUUUGCUCUCUGCUUCUCGUGCCUCCUCACCCACGCCUGCAACCUCAACAAACUAGUGAGAGGAAGAAAGCCCUUCUCCUGGCGGGUGCUGCUGCUCUUCAUUGUUUCCUUUGCCCUGGUACAAGUUGUGAUCAGCAUUGAGUACUUAGUCACCAUGUUAGUAAACCAGAGAGAGGAAUUCCUGAAUAUGUCUCGGGAGAGUACCAACAAGGACUUUGUCAUGCUUCUGAUCUACGUGCUCUUCCUGAUGGCUCUGACCUUCUUGGUUUCCAUGUUCACGUUCUGUGGGUCAUAUAAAAGCUGGAAGAGGCACGGGGCGCACAUCUUUGUCACUGUCCUGUUCUCCAUUGCCAUCUGGAUAGUGUGGAUCACCAUGCUCAUAAAAGGCAACACGGUUUUAGGCAAAAAAAUGUGGGAUGAUCCUGUUGUAGCCAUUGCUCUGGUGUCCAAUGGCUGGAUUUUCCUGAUAAUGUAUAUUGUCCCCGAAAUUUGUUUCCUCACUGCUCCUCUGAAGCUGGAGGACUACCCUCCAGAAAAUGACUUUUGCCAGCCCAGGUUCAUAAAGCAGGCAACUGGAGUGGACAACCGUGCCUACACCCAGGAUGAAAUUGUGCAAGGAGACCUCAACUACUCCCCGUACGCUUCUCACUUUCAGAUGAAGGCCAUUGAACCCCAGAAUGAUUUCUCCAUCCCUCGCCCCAAGGCCCGGACAAGCCCUUACCAUGACUACACUGGUGGGAAAAGCCCCAUGUAGCAGCUCCACAGUGAGCAGAGACUAAGUGUCCCUCAGCAGAGGCAUGGGGCCAUGUGGUGACAAGUGAGAUGAUCCUGCAGAAGAGUCAACCCACACCAGCAAAAAGGGAGAGAGAUCCUCUUUCCCCCACACAGGCACCUUUUUAGCUCCCUGUUAUUCUUCAAACAUAGCUUUCAGACACAGCCCUGGCCAUCCUAUCCCUGCUCACUCUGUCUCCGUGGAAUGAAGCUCCUCUCUUCUGAUGGACGAGCAUCCUGGCCUGUUUUCAGCAGGAAUGCUGGAGAAGCAGGGAGAUCAUCAGCUGGGUCUGUGACUGGCUUUGCCCCAGACAGGACUUGCUUUAAUCAGCUCAUGGGGAUGCCUGCAUCCCCCAUGUGAUGGGAGAAGAGGAAGGACCAGGAGCAUCAGCCCUACACAUUCCUUCCUCCUGCCCACCCGCAAAGACAUCUCAGGUACUACUGAGGACAUUUUAUCUAUCCACUGUUAUUUUGUGCUCACUCCCAGCCCUGCCUGGCUGUCCUCCAGAGAUCAGUGGAGAAGAGACAGAGAGAGAGAGAAAGCAUUCCUUUUUUUCAUCUUCAUAUUUGCUUCCAGCACCUUCUUCAUCAUCUAGGGACCAUGCUGGAGAUGGGGAAGAAAACUUAAAAGACAUAAACCCAUCUACACCAAUUUACCCUGACAAUCCAUGUUCUAACAGCUUUCUUUCCAGCUCUGCCUUCUACCCUUGUGCCCCAGCUGAGCUCCCCAAGAUGCCUGCCCCCCUGCAAACUCUGCCUCCAUACCCUGGCCACUCCAGGCUGGGAUCCCCAAAGACAAAGACUCUUCCACGUGGCUCCUUGCAACACCCUGGUAGGAUAUAAUCCUGUGAGCCCUGGGUUUUGGCCUCUUCCUGAGCAUGUCUGUGACAUUAGAACAAACAUUUCCCAAGCAGCCAGGUUGCAGAGGGCAGACCCUCUUCCUCCCAGGCAUGAGUGAGCAAAAGUGUGUGUGUGUGUGUGUGUGUGUGUGUGUGUGUGUGUGUGUGUGGUGUGUGGACUGCACCCUGUUGAUGAGCAAUGAGUCUGCAGAGCUGAAUCAUUCUGUAACCUGCUUUGCAUUUGAUAAAUGGCUUUCCAUGGUAUUUCAUGUGUAACUACAGAGAGCUCUCCAAGUGGGUGUGUGUGGUACACUGGCGUCUGACACAGCUUUAUAUUUAUUUAGUACUUUGUAUAUGGACUGUUUAAUUAAUAAAACUCCAAACUGCCUGACUACGAGAAA